AUUCACGGUCAGAGCCGGAACAUUUAUGAGUCGUGUCGUUGGCAGCCAUCAGUUCAACUGAUAACGGCUAGGCUAACCCAGCCCCUGCUAACUGCUUACCCGGGCGAGCAGCUGGAGUAACGGAGCGGUCAGCUCAAGAAACUGCCUUCUAGACUGGAGAGUGAACUGAGGCACAAUGAGCCUGCCGGCUUCCCCUCCGACCUACGCGGAGGCCACAGCAGGAGAUAAAGAGAGAAGUGUUGGUAACCUGCCACCUCCAACCAUGCCCAUGCAUCCCAGCUGGGCCUAUGUGCAUCCAGCUCCCAGUCCAGGGUACACAAACCCGUAUGCUUCAGACAUGUCCUCACCCUUCUCUGAUCCGAGCUCCAGCGGCAGCUUCGAUGGCCUCAGCGGAAGCAGCUGGGAGGACAAGAAUGUCCGUCGCAUGUUUAUCAGAAAGGUGUUCUGCAUCCUUAUGGUUCAGCUUAUGGUGACUUUUGGUGUUGUAGCACUCUUCACUUUCUGUGAGCCGGUGCGACAGUUCAUUCAGUACAAUCGUAUCCUCUACCUUGCCUCAUAUAUGACCUUCAUGGGAACAUACCUGGUGCUGGUAUGCAGCACAAGUGCACGACGAAGAUACCCAACCAACAUGAUCCUCCUUGGCAUCUUUACUUUGGCAAUGUCUUACAUGGCAGGCAUGCUUGCAAGCUACCAUAAUACCAAAGUGGUGAUGCUGUGUGUGGGUAUAACCGCUUUAGUGUGCCUCGCUGUCACCCUUUUCUGCUUUCAAUCCAAGGUUGAUUUCACUUCUCGUCACGGUCUGCUAUUUUCACUCAUGAUGGUGCUGAUGAUCACCGGGCUGCUGCUCAUUUUCACUGUACCGUUUGGAUAUAUACCCUGGUUGCAGACUGCUUAUGCUGGAUUGUGUGCCCUAGUUUUCACUUUGUUCUUGGCAUUUGAUGUGCAGCUGUUGAUGGGUAACCGCCGUUACUCCUUGAGCCCUGAGGAACACGUUUUUGGAGCGCUCUGCCUUUACAUGGAUAUCGUCUACAUCUUCUUCUUCCUCCUUCAGCUCUUCGGGAGCCGUGAGUGAGGCCUCUUUUCAGGCUGGGUUCAAACUUCUGCCCUGUUCUCUUAUACAGACACGCAUACACCCUUCUUACUAACCCCACAGCUCCACUGAGGUGUCUUCCUUAACCUGUAGAAUAAUAUCUCCGGCAGCGCUGCUUUAGUGUCUCUGGCCGUUGAAAUCUUGCUUUGCGGUCAGUGUCGGCAGCCUACAUGUUCCUGACGUAUACUGUAUAUGCAACAUAAGUACACUCCCAUACACUCAAGCUUAUGUUGAAACAAACACACUUCAGCAGCUGUUAUCCGUGUAGAAGACAAUCAUGCUACAUACAGUGGCUCAGGAUGGUGAUCUUAAGGAGAUAGUGUUGCUUGGUCCUCAGUUCCAGAUAUUGCCCUGGAGAAGAAGGUUGUUUUAUUGACUAAUUUAUGAAUUACAUUUACAGUCAUUUACAGUACAGUGUUUGUGUUUUUGAAUCAAGUGUAGUGACAGGAUAUGCGAGGAAAUACAAUCAUUGCAUUGUACAGUUUUAUUGUUUUGCUGACUUUUAAAAUGAGCAUUAAACUACGUAGGCAUUUCAGUAUCAGUCAGAAGUAACUCAAACGGCAUCAGAUUCUGAAUCACAUAGCUGUCCAGGGCUUUGUUUUUUGCUCAUAUUUAAAGUUAAUUACCUGAGCUGAGCCAGAGAAGCCCUUCAGUGAAACUGCGUUUCCAUUGCGCAAUAACCUGUUGACUGGGGUGGAUGUACCUACCAGUAUUCUUUUGGGUCAUUGCAUUUUAUGUGCCUCUUCUGAAUGCUGGCUAAUAUACAGGCAUCCGUGUAAAUUGUAUGCACUUUUUCCCCUCCUGGUUGGUUAAUAUAUGCAAUGCAGCCAUUGUCUGUGUAGAAAACACACCGUGCCAAAUGUACCUCUGUCGUGUGAUGAUGGCAGGAAGUUUUCAUCCAGCAGGACAAUAUUGGUCUAUGUCCACUGCCUGAUUCAUACCAUUGAAUGGUGCUGAGGUCAUUCUGAGUGGUUUUUGUUGUUGUAUAGCUCUCAAGACAUACAUGUGUAUUUAAAUAAUUACUUGGAUUUUUUUUUACUUUUAGAUAGUGAUGUCUUUGAAGAGAGAUUACAUUUUAAAAACUGACAAUGAACUAAUGGAAGAUACUAAUCUCACCGGGCCAGAUGUAACGAGAAUGCACAUCUAGGGAAACAGAUUAAACUUUUGAUUUAAAAGGCACUAACAAUGGUAUCACCCUCUAAGACCCACCCCCAAAUUCCACUAGUGGGUGCUCUUUGCACAUCUGGAGUACAGUCAAUAUCUCAAAACAGGUAAGCUAACAAAACUCCGUUAUUAACCGGAAAAUAUUAAGACUUGCUGAACUGAAGUCGUCAUGUUUUGAACCAAAAUAUUCUGAGAAACACCAGAUGAUUGGUUCAGGCAGUUGUGCUUAGAACAGUUGAAGGUAAAAGAGGAACAGUAAAGCCACCAACAGGAUGGAUGGAGACAGAAGAAUUAGAUAUACGUCUAUAAGAUGUUUGAAGAUCCAAACAGAAAACAGGACAUUCUGGAGCAACACUACCCAUAAUAAUAAUUAACAGUAACAUAUGUCACAUCCAUGGGUUAACGGCAGGCUUGUUGGACAAUGCUGACAAGCACAUUGUCGCCUCCUCAAACUUCUUGAGGUGUUGGAUUAGUUUAGAAAUUUCACUCUGUUCCCACCCUAGUAAGUCUAUGUUCCCACCCACAUUUAGGUCAGCAUUUCACAUGGAUAUAUCCAGAUGUUCUCGUCACAUCUGGCCCUGCGAGAGUAUUGGACUUUCUGUAUUUGAGUUGAUUCUCGUGCAUUUGAUUCCCAUAAGCCUUUUUGUGCUCCUGAUCUUUUUCAUUUUUUAAAGAUUUUCUUAGGUUUAAAUGGCAUUGGGUUUUCAUCAGAGCAAUAUAAGAACUACUUGCUCUUAUCAGCAUUCCUCCUGCCUGUUUCUCAGUUAAAGAAAUAGCAGAAGGCCUUUUGAUUAAUUGAUUAAUUUAACAGUACCCUUGAAGCAUUGCUUACUUCUGUGAAUUUGAUGUUUACAAAUGUGAAUAGUUCUUCAUUCUUGUACCCAUAAGCUAUGUUCAUCUGUCAGUUCAAGCACAUUAACUUCAAGCACUGUCCAGAGGAAUUUUAUUGCAUUUUACUUUGAUUGAAACAAGGGAGUUCAUUGAGAACAUGUUCUGUAUUGAAAAAGCAGCCUAGUCCAAUUACUUCACAGCCACACUAGAACACAUACAGUGAAUGUUUGUGAAUUCACUGGUAGCUGAGUCUGUCUGCUUUUUCCUUUCUUCAGUGGUUUUAUACUCUGGAGAGAACUUUCUCAUUGAGCAUUUCACUUACGUCACGGAGAAAACUGAACAAGACUUUUAAACACUGAACAUUAUUUUAUUUGAAAUAUUGUUUUAAAAACCUGUCUUUUUAGCAAGGGCAUGAUUUAAACCUUUGAUGAUCAGUGGUGUACUUUAUGUGUAUUCAUUACUAUCCGUUCAUGGUUAUGUACAUAUGAGAGUGAGGUUUGUUGUAUUUAGACCACCUUCUGCCUUUCCUCUUUCCUUGUGCACUAUUGUACGUUGACAGAAAAAAAAAACCUCAGUGUUCUAUCAGUACUUACUGCAUGAUCGGUGUUGCAGUGGCCAGUCCACUCAGUGCUGCCCACUGUAUGUUAAUCUAGGAUUAAAAAGUGACAGCCUCGCCACAUUCCUUUAUCUCACAGCAGUGUAACGGCAAGGUGGCCAGUGGAUUAUGACAGAGUAUUGUGAAGUUUUGUAACAUUAUCUGUUCAUUAGUGAAAUGAAUAAAGAUUAAGAUAAUGAAUCAGGAAA